CCUGCCGAUGAAAGAGGGGAGCACAGAAAGCCCUAACUUGCUUCUCAGGACACUCUGGGGUGGAAGGAGCUGGGUGUGCUGUGCCCAUGCAAACAGAAUUGCAGAAGUUCUUCUCAGGCUUAUCACUUCCCUGAGAAGAAAAGCACAUUUCCAGUUUCCUGUGCCUAAGUGCUCAGUGCCCUCCAUGCUGCUGAAGCCCAGCCUGACCUGUGCCUAAGGGACGCAGGUGAAGGAUCAGGAUGGGGCCUGUGGAAGAGCUGAGUCUCUACUGCCUGAACUAGAGGAAUCUCAGAACAGAACCUGCAAGCUAAAAGCACUGCCCAGACUCAGAGCAGAAGACUAGGACCUGCCAUGGCUUUUUAGAUGAGGGGUCUCCUCACUAUGAUCCCCUGUCCUGCACAGAGAGGCAUAGACUUCUACAGGGGAAAUUGAUGCCUUGUGUCUUGACGGCCUUACAGCAAUUUCAAGGCUAGAACUGGCAUCUGUCUCACGUGUCAAAAAGCUAGCCCAUGCUCCAAGUGAAAGACCCCCGCAGCAGGAGGCGGAUGGAGAGUUGGAUGUGACAAGACCACCCCAAAGGUCAAGCUUUUCUCUACCACCAGGUGUCCACUCCCCACAGGAGGCUCCAUCUUGGGACCAGAACAUCUAGACUGCCCCAGGAUGAACGAGGACCUUAGCGUAGAAGAGAAUGGUGCUGGCCACUUGUAUUCUGAGAGCUUGCCGCAGCUCAGGGAGCAUCUCACACAGCCAUCCGCUGACCACACCUCGUCCUCAGAGAGCACCGUGACGUCAAGCGAAUCUGGAUCGGACAUUUUGCACAUGACUUCUGGUGAACCUGACUGCAGAUCCCUCUGUGAGGAGGAGGAGGAAGCAAGAUCGGCCUCUGCCAUGCCAGGCACCAGCCCAGCUCCCGAGAAUGCUGCAUGCCGAGACUCCAUGAGUUCGGACAAGGCUGCAUCACACCUGGAAGCAGGAGAGGGACUCAGAACAGUAGAAGAUGGAGGGAAGGACUCUACCGCAGGAGAAACUGAGGUUUCCGCCCCUCCCAAAGCACCUGUGAAGUUAGUUAACUUUCCACAGAGUGAGAACACUUCAGCUAGUGAGAAGGAGGUGGAGGCAGAGUUUCUCAGGUUAUCCUUGGGACUUAAGUGUGACUGGUUUACACUGGAGAAGAGAGUCAAGCUUGAAGAGAGGUCCCGGGACCUGGCAGAGGAAAACUUGAAAAAAGAAAUCACAAACUGUUUAAAGCUUUUAGAGUCAUUAGCACCUCUGUGUGAAGACGACAACCAGGCUCAGGAGAUCAUUAAGAAACUGGAGAAGAGUAUAACAUUUCUCAGCCAGUGCACGACACGUGUGGCCAGCAGGGCAGAGAUGCUGGGGGCCAUCAACCAGGAAAGCCGGGUGAGCAAAGCAGUAGAAGUGAUGAUUCAGCAUGUCGAGAACUUGAAGAGGAUGUAUGCCAAAGAGCAUGCCGAGCUGGAGGAGUUGAAGCAGGCUCUGCUGCAGAACGAGAGGUCCUUUAACCCUCUGGAAGAUGAAGAUGACUGCCAGAUUAAAAAACGUUCGUCUUCUUUAAAUUCCAAGCCAUCAUCUCUUCGAAGAGUGACAAUUGCCUCUUUACCCAGAAAUCUUGGAAAUGUGGGGAUGGCAUCUGGGAUGGAAAAUAACGACAGAUUCAGCCGGCGGUCAAGCAGCUGGAGAAUUUUGGGAACAAAGCAGAGUGAGCACCGCCCCUCACUACACCGAUUUAUUAGCACCUAUUCCUGGGCAGACGCUGAAGAUGAGAAAUGUGACCUGAAAACUAGAGAUGCCUCUGAACCGCCGGGAGAAGAGGCAGUGGAGAGGACCAGGAAGGCCAGCCUUUCUGAGAAGAGAAGCAGCCCGUCCACCUGGGACAGCGCUGCAGUCUGUGGCUCGGUGGCUUCGUGGGUCACUCACCUGCAGGCGUCCUUCCGAAGGGCCAACAGAGUCCUCUGGCUCUCAGUGGUCUUCAUCGUGCUGUUCGCAGCCUUGAUGAGCUUCCUCGCAGGCCAGUUCUUCCAGACAGCUGUGGAGGCCGCACCCGCACAGGAAGGGAACUCCUGGAUGUCUCUAGAACACAUCUUAUGGCCGUUUACCAGACUCAGGCACAAUGGGCCUCCGCCAGUGUGACUGCAGCAUGGCCGAAUGUCCCGUUCUGAUUUUAACAUUUUCCUCUGAGAUUCAUAAAUUAGUAACUUUCUAAUAAUUAUAAUGCAAAACCAGGGUUCUCAGAGCAGCUGAGAUAUUUUAAUUCCUCAACUACAUAGCAUAGGGAGGGGACCCCACCUAGGGUGUUUUAAUGAGCUUUCUGAGAGAGAGAGACAGACAGACAGAUAGAGUACUUUAUUGAAAUUUAUUGAAAUAAAGAACUAUUCAAAUCUUUA